GUAGCCUUUCAUCUACUAACAGCCGACCGUCCAGCCGUACACGAAUCGCCAUGGCCGAGGGAAAAUCCAGCAACCCCAUGCGGGAGCUCCGCAUUCAAAAACUCGUCCUCAACAUCUCCGUUGGCGAAUCCGGUGACAGACUUACUCGUGCUGCGAAGGUGUUGGAACAGCUGAGCGGUCAAACUCCUGUCUACAGCAAGGCCAGAUACACUGUCCGUACCUUCGGUAUCCGUCGUAACGAGAAGAUUUCCGUACACGUCACUGUCCGUGGACCCAAGGCCGAGGAGAUCCUGGAGCGCGGCCUCAAGGUCAAGGAAUACGAAUUGAAAAAGCAGAACUUCUCCGAAACUGGCAACUUCGGCUUCGGUAUCAGCGAACACAUCGAUCUGGGCAUCAAGUAUGACCCCGGUAUUGGCAUCUACGGAAUGGACUUUUACUGCUGCAUGACCCGACCUGGUGAACGCGUCGCUAAGCGCAGACGAUGCAAGUCCAAGAUCGGCGCCAGCCACAGAAUCAACCAGACCGAGACGAUCAAAUGGUUCAAGACUCGCUUCGAGGGAAUUGUUCGAUAGAUGCUUGUUGGUUUUCUUUAUUCCGUCUCCGGGUUUGCGUCACUGUUUAGAUGUGGAAAAGAGUCAAAAGGGAGCCGGGGGGUAAAUAUUUCAUCUUUCUCUUUCUCUUUUUAUCAAUCUAGCGUCAGGUUUGGGCAUAUUCACGUCUUAUUAUUUUUUUUUUCCUUCCCUAUUUUGUUUUGUUUUUAAUGAUGUAACUGAAAAAGAAAAGAUGACGCCAAAAGAGGAAGCGAUUGGGAAAUCUGCGACCCAACAACGUCCGGACACCGGUGCCUAACACGGGCCUUUCUAUCUGGUGGGUGACCCAUCAGCGAAAGUGGACGCGGGUUGCAGAUUUUCAUGUUCUCUCUCCGCCUUUCGGUUCUCUCCCCCUUCCCUCUUUUCUACUAUACAAUUCAAUGACACAGAUGUUUUAUCCCUGACCCAAUAGAGGCAGGGAGAAGAAAAUGAUCGCUCCUUUUUUCUUUCCCUGUUUUCCAAAGAUUUCACAAUGGAGGCUUCACAAAGGGUGUCGUUCCGCUUAACCAUUGCUUUGAAACAAAAAGAAGAAGAAAAAAAAAAACAAAGGGGCGAUUCUUUUCCUCUCCUUUUAUUUUCUGAGGCGCGUCGAGUCGACCCUCAGGCGGCCUGAGAUUUGAAACAUUGGUCAUUUGGGUUUCU